GUGGACAGCAGAGGGUCAGACACACAGAGGAUCAUAGCCGAGUGAAUGGACGAGGGACACAGAGGAGAAGGGCCUCUGUUACCUAACCAAACCCAGAAAAAAACUACAGCCAGUCAAGCUGAAGGAUUAGCUCCCUGUCCGUGCUAACAUGGGCCUGCCCUCGGUGACGGUGCUGCCCCUGCUGAUAGUGGUGGCAGCAGGCAUCUACUAUAUCUACAAUGAGGUCUUGCAAUUCAUGUCCAAGUCCCUAGUGCGGAACAAAGUGGUGGUGAUCAGUGAUGCUGUGUCUGGGGUGGGGGCUGAGUGUGCCCAUCUUUUCCAUAAGGGCGGUGCCAGGCUGAUCCUGUGUGGGACCAGCUGGGACAAGCUGGAGUCUCUGUAUGACUCUCUGACGACUGAUGCUGACCCCAGAGAGACAUUUGCACCAAAGCUAGUGAUCCUGGACUUCAGUGAUAUUGACAGCAUGGAGGAUGUGGUGGCUGAAGUGAUGGAGUGUUACGGGUAUGUGGACGUGCUGAUCUGCAAUAGCAGCAUGAAGCUGAAAGCUCCAGUACAGAGCGUCUCUCUGGAACUGGACAGAAACAUCAUGGACAUUAACUAUUUUGGCCCAAGUACUUUGGCCAAAGGUGUUCUUCCAACAAUGAUAUCAAGAAGAUCGGGCCACAUUAUACUGAUCAACAGCAUCCAGGGCAGACUGGCUGUCCCCUUCAGAAGUUCCUAUGCAGCGUCUAAGCAUGCGGCUCAGGCCUUCUUCGACUGCCUAAGGGCUGAAGUGGAGGAGUAUGGGAUCGUUGUCAGCACCAUUAGUCACACCUUCAUCAACGCCUCUGAGCCACCGCAAGUCGAGGAGCCCGUUCCUAAACCAAAUGCCCUAGCUGCAUUUAUCGCCAGCCAGCUGACCCACGGUGUGCGGCCGUCAGUCCUGGCCAAUGAGAUAAUGCAAACGGUGAACAGAAAGAGGAAGGAGGUCGUGCUGGCCCACCCCAUCCCCAGGGUGGCCCUCUACCUCCGCUCACUCCUCCCCUUCCUCUUCGCUGUGCUGGCUGCUGGAGUUAAGGACUCGGUGUUGGGUGAGCAGAUGCAGUAAGAGAAAGACAGAAAGAAAAGAAGACAGAGGUGUGCAACAAAGCUGAAACUGUUUGGAAAUACCAGAUAUGUAAGUGUAGUCCUGAAGGCUCCAAGCUGUUUUCGAAUAGCUGGUUUAAAACCACUAAAUCACACUCUAAGCAGAAAUUGUGCCAAUUUUUAAAAUUUAUUUUGCUCAUUUGUGGGAAAAGACAAAAACUGUAAAUAUGAAGUAAUUUUAAAAAAGAAACAGCCAUAAUUUAGUUCUGUUAAAAUCUGUUUCUGCCCCACUGAAGAGAAUAAAUCACAUUUUAGUCUUUCUUUUAGCUCUGCUUUGGUCUCCACCUACUCUUGACGAAAAUCCUCGACUCUUUAGCUACUAUAUGUACCUGCUUCAUGCUAAUUUUGCGUAUGUGCUCUUUGCUGCAUAGUCUAUUUGUAAGACACCCCACUGAAGCCACUCUUUCACAGUAGAGGCAUUUAUUAUUUAACUGAAUACGUAUGUGUUUAAUCAAACUACCACAAUCCAUUGGGUCCAAUGGCUCAUUUUUGCCUCUGAUAGUGUAUUAAUCCAGAACUGACUGAAUAUAUGGGUUCAUUAAAGUGACUACAUUCAGGGGAAAACAUGAAUAAAUUCAAAUAAGAAUUACAUUGCUGUCCUGAGAUGACCUGAAAUAUUGUGAAUGGUAUUUUUCUCAAGUGUUGUGUGUUAAACAAUAUCUGCCUGUCAGCUCAGUGGAGUCCCAAUCUGGACCUUGUGUUUUCAUUAGAAAAUCAUUUGCCCUUUGGUUGUGCUGUUUGACUUUUUGAUGUAAAAAGAGAAAAACUGAA